AUGGCAGGGACAGACAUUCUUCGUGUGCUUAGACAUUCAGCGACAUCAUCCGUCUUUCUGCUUUGUUUGUGGAAUAUGGUUUUCGGGCAGAUUCGUUACUCCAUUCCUGAAGAACUGGAACGCGGUGCUUUCGUCGGAAAAAUCGGAAAAGAUCUGGGACUGAGCGUAGAGGAGCUAUCAAGACGUAAGUUUAGAAUCGUAUCGGUCGGUACAAAACAAUAUCUGGAUGUAAAUCCUAUGAAUGGGAUUUUAUUUGUGAAUGCAAGAAUUGACAGGGAACAGCUAUGUGGACAGAGUGAUAGUUGUACAUUACUCAUAGAGGCUUUAGCUGAAAAUCCCGUGGAACUGUAUCGUGUGGAGAUCGAAAUUUUAGAUAUAAAUGAUAAUUCUCCAAGCUUUCCGAACAAAGAAAUUCACUUAGAAAUUACAGAAACGGCCACUCGUGGAGUUCGCUUUCUGCUGGAGCGUGCGCAUGACGCAGAUGCGGUAAAUAAUUCAGUCUCUACGUAUCAUCUUACGCCAAAUAAGCAUUUUGUUUUAGAUAUACGAAAUCGUGGAAAAUGGAAAGUUCCCGAACUAGUAGUGGACAACAUUCUUGACCGAGAAACGCAAUCGAGGCACAACUUGUUACUUACAGCUCUGGACGGCGGAUCCCCAGAGAGAUCAGGUUCCGCUCAUGUGACUAUUAUUAUCUUGGACACGAAUGACAAUCCUCCCGUUUUCGACAAUUUAUUGUACACAGUUAGCGUAAAGGAAGAUGUGCCACCGGAUACUUUACUGAUUGAGCUAAAAGCAACUGAUCUGGACGUGGGAAAAAAUGCAGAAAUUAUUUAUUCUUUCAGCAAUUACAAUGAACCAAGAAUAACUGAGAUAUUUGCGAUUAAUCCAGCAACCGGAGCAAUACAUCUGAAAGAAAGUUUGGAUUUCGAGGAAGCAAAUGUGUAUGAGUUUGAUGUUGAGGCCAAAGAUGGAAACGUGCCACCACUAAUGUCACACUGCAGCGUGCAGGUGCAAAUCACAGACGUCAAUGACAAUGCUCCCAAUUUGACUAUAACUUCGGUUUCCAGUACAGUCAGUGAAGAUAUUCCGAGUGGAACUUUGAUCGCGUUGAUCAGCGUGACGGACAAGGAUUCCAAUGACAAUGGGUAUGCCGACUGUUCUAUUUCACCUACUCUCCCUUUUGAUCUAAAAUUCUCCUUUCGUAAUUCUUAUAGACUCAUAACAAAUACAGCACUAGACCGUGAAAGUGCACCUCAACACAAAAUAAUGGUGACUUGCAAAGACCGAGGAAUCCCACCAUUACAUACCAACUGGACAAUUGUGGUAAAUAUCUCAGAUAUAAAUGAUAAUGCCCCACGCUUUAUGCAGCCUACCUACACGGCCUACGUGACGGAAAACAAUUUACCUGGCAGUUAUAUUGGAUCAGUGACUGCUCUGGAUCUCGAUAUUGGCCGAAAUGCUCAGUUGUCUUACUCCAUUGUAGAGAGCGACCUUCAUUCAGGGCCGGCAUCUUUAUAUCUCUAUAUCAACUCUAACAAUGGCAGCAUUUACUCGAAAAGGUCAUUUGAUUAUGAGCAAAUCAAAAGUAUUCAAUUUCAAGUUCGAGCGCAGGAUGCCGGAUUACCAUCACUUUCCAGCACCAUUGUUGUUCAAGUGAUUGUCUUGGAUCAGAAUGAUAAUCCGCCGACCAUAAUAUCCUGGAAAACGACGCGCAAUGGUACUUUACAUGUGCCCCGAUCUGCAGAUCCAGGAUAUCUGGUAACGAGGAUCAUUGCUUCCGAUGCAGAUUCUGGUAAGAACGCUCAACUUUCCUUUCAAAUGAAACAGACCAGUAAUCCAGGUCUUUUUAUAAUUUCACAUAGUUCAGGAGAAAUAAAGAGUGUUCGGAGAUUCAAAGAUAGUGACGUCACCACACAAGAAUUAAUUGUCCAGGUGAAAGACAACGGUUACCCCGCUCUUUCUGCCUCGACUACCUUAACUUUGACAGCAAUAGAGCAACAUUUAACAUAUCAGCCCGAUUUUAAGGAACCACGCCAAGAUUUAAAAGGAACUCAGAAGUUAAGUUUUUAUUUAAUAAUUUCUUUGGGAGCAACAUCUUUUGUUCUGCUGCUGGUUAUCAUCGUCUUGGUUAUCGCAAUUUGCCCACUGGGCAGCAGCGCUGUUUCGGGCGGUGUUUGCCGCUUUGCUGACGGCUGCUGUAUCAAAGAGUUGGAAUGCCAGCAUUCGAAUGUCAACCCUCACGUUACGCCGGAUUUCCACGUUCUUCCGAGUGUGCUUGAGGUUCACGGCAAUGUAUCCCUUACAGACACAUACCGUUAUAAAGUUCGGUCAGCCCCUGAAUCAUACGACUUCUUCUUCACCCCAUACAGUCCAGAGAUGGCAAGUAUUGCUGGCAAUAAACCCGGAUUACUGUUGCAGGAGCAUCCAGUGGAGAGGAAGUUCUGCUUAGAUCAGACUAUCUAUGCUGCAAAAGCAAUGACACAAACAAGUGUCCCCCGCGUGCUUAGGAAAUCAGAGAUAUCAUCCAUCUUUCUGCUUUGUGUGUGUAAUCUGGUUAGCGGGCAGAUUCGUUACUCCAUUCCUGAAGAAUUGAAACCUGGUGCCUUUGUCGGAAAAAUCGGAAAGGAUUUGGGUUUGAGUAUACAGGAGCUGGCAAGUCGGAAAUUCAGAAUUCUACCAGUCGCAUCAAUGCAAUAUUUAAAUGUGAACCGAGAGAAUGGGUUUUUAUUCGUGAAUGCAAGAAUUGACAGGGAAGAGCUAUGUGGUCAAAGUGAUGACUGUGUACUGCUCAUGGAAGCGGUGGUUGAAAAUCCCGUCGAACAAUACCGGGUGGAAGUUGAGAUUCUGGAUAUAAAUGAUAACUCGCCGAUUUUUCCGAACAGGGAACUUCAGUUGGAGAUUUCGGAAUCGGUAAUGCCCGGAACACAUAUCCCCUUAGAGCGUGCACAUGAUCAGGACGGAAGAAAUAAUUCUAUCCGCAUGUAUCGGCUUAAUAGAAAUGAGCUUUUCAUUUUAAAUGUUCAAAGUACAGGAAAGUGGAAGUUACCCGAAUUAGUACUGCAGAAGAUUCUCGACCGAGAAAAAGAAAUGAAGUACAGUUUACUACUGACCGCGCUUGACGGCGGUUCUCCACAAAGGUCAGGUACUGCUCAUAUAAAUAUUGUUAUUUUGGAUGUAAAUGAUAAUCUUCCCGUUUUCCAGAAAUCGCUGUAUAGUGUUAGUCUGAGGGAGAACGUCCCUGUCAAUUCUUUAGUGAUUCAGCUUAACGCGACUGACUUAGAUGAGGGUACUAAUGGUGAGAUCCUUUAUUCUUUCGGCAGUAGUAAUGAACCAAGAUUAAAUGAAAUAUUUGCUAUUAAUCCCAACUCAGGGGAGAUUCAUACAAUAGGAAUGUUAGACUUUGAGCAAACGAAUGCUUAUCAGAUUCACGUGGAAGCAAAGGACAGAAGUGCGCAACCGUUAUCUGCACACUGCAACGUGCGGGUGGAAAUUACAGACGUCAAUGACAACUCGCCAGACUUGACCAUAAAUUCUAUUUCCGGCACAGUCAACGAAGAUGUCCCCACUGGAAAUUUGAUAGCGUUACUCAAUGUCAAAGAUCGCGAUUCCAAUCAAAAUGGAGACAUAGACUGUUCAAUUUCUCCUAACAUCCCUUUUGAGCUACAAUCUUCCUUUACAAAUUCUUACAGACUGGUAACUAGUGCACUACUGGACAGAGAAACAGUUCCUCAAUAUAUUAUAACGGUGACUUGUAAAGACCAUGGUUCGCCUUCGUUAUAUUCCAAUAAAACCAUAACUGUCAAUGUUUCGGAUGUAAACGAUAAUGCUCCACAAUUUACGCAGCCUUCAUACACCGUCUACGUGACCGAAAACAAUGAAGCUGGCAGUUACAUUGGAAAAGUGACGGCUUUGGAUCUUGAUAUUAAUCGGAAUUCACAGAUAUCUUACGCUAUUUUGCAACCACAGUCAUUGCCAGUAUCUUCUUAUCUCUAUAUCAAUUUAACCAACGGCAAUAUCUACUCCAAAAUAUCAUUUGACUAUGAGCAGCUUAAGACUUUUCGGUUUCACGUUCGAGCUGAGGAUGCGGGAUUACCAUCGCUUUCUAGCGAUGUAUCUGUGCAAGUGAUCGUCUUGGAUCAGAACGACAAUACACCUACUAUACUAUCAACCGGAACAAAGGGCAAUGCCAGUUUACAUGUUCUCCGAUCUGCGUAUCCCGGAUAUUUGGUAACAAAAAUCGUUGCAUCCGACGCAGAUUCUGGUAAGAAUGGACAACUUUCCUAUCAGCUGAAACACGCCACCGUCCCGGGUCUUUUUAUGGUUUCACAUAAUUCAGGAGAAAUAAGAAGUGUUCGGCGGUUCAAAGAUAGCGAUGCCACUAAACAAAAGCUAACCGUUCAUGUGAAAGACAAUGGAUACCCAUCCCUUUCGACUACGGCAAUCUUAACUGUUACAGUAAUUGAUGAAGAUACAACGUAUCAGCCGGACAUUAGUGAACAUCGCCAGGAUAUGAUAAACAGGCAGCAAUUAAGUUUCUAUAUAGUAAUUACUUUGGGAGCAACUUCUUUAAUUCUGCUGGUGAUUAUAAUUGUGCUUUUUGUUGUAAUGUGCCCAAUGAGCAGAAGAGCUGCUUCCAGAAAUUCCUGGGCUUUGGAACCCUGCUGCUGCACCAGAGAUUUGGAAUAUCCGAAUACAAAUGUCAAUCUUCAGUUUGAUCGGGAUUCCCACCUUCUUCCAAGUAUACUUGAGGUUCGCGGCAAUGGAUCCCUUAGAGAAACGUACCGCUAUAAAAUUCGGUCGGCGCCUGAACCAGAUGAAAUUUGUUUCACGCCAUUCAGUCCGCCGAUGGCAGGAAUCAUUGGAAAGAACGGCAGAUUUACGCUGCAAUACAACGCAAAUGCGGAUAAGAGCUGGUCAAACGAGGUUUUCUAUGUUUCUAUGAUGGAUCCAACACGAUCUGCUGACAAUGUACCUGACCGGAGUAGAUGGAGUGUUCUUUUCGAGCUGAGAAAGUCAGCGAUAACCUCCAUCUUUCUGCUUUGUGUGUGGAAUCUGGUUUGCGGGCAGAUUCGUUACUCCAUUCCUGAGGAACUGGAACGUGGGGCGUUUGUCGGGAAAAUCGGAAAAGAUCUGGAUUUGAGCAUAGAGGAACUAACAAGUCGUAAAUUCAGAAUUGUAUCAGUCACGUCAAUACAAUAUUUGGAUGUGAACCGGUCGAACGGCAAUUUGUACGUGAAUGCAAGAAUUGACAGGGAACAGCUGUGUGGUCAGAGCGAUGACUGUGUACUGCUCUUGGAAGCGGUGGUUGAAAACCCCGUCGAACAAUACCGGGUGGAAGUUGAAAUUCUGGAUAUCAAUGAUAACUCUCCGACUUUUCCGAACACGGAACUUCGUUUGGAGAUUCUAGAAACUGUAAUGCCUGGAGCCCAUUUUCUGUUAGAGCGCGCACAGGAUGGGGACGGACGAAAUAACUCCAUUCGAACGUAUCAGCUUAAUUCAAAUGAACAUUUCAUUUUAGAUGUACAGAGUACUAGGAAGUGGAAGUUACCCGAAUUAGUACUGGAGACAUUUCUUGACCGAGAAAAUCAGUCCGAAUACAGUCUAUUACUAACCGCUCUUGAUGGCGGUUCUCCAGAAAGGUCAGGUACCGCACAUAUAACUAUUGUAAUCCUGGAUGCAAAUGACAAUGCUCCGGUGUUUCAUAAAUCGCUAUAUAGUGUUAAUAUGAGGGAAAAUAUGCCGCCUAAUUCUUUAGUGAUUAACCUUCACGCGACUGACUCAGACGCGGGUACGAAUGGCGAAAUUGUGUAUACUUUCAGCAGUAACAAUGAGCCAAUAUUAAGCGAAAUAUUUACAAUUAAUCCACACUCAGGGGAGAUUCGUACAAAAGGAAUGUUGGACUUUGAGCAAUCCAAUAUUUAUCAGAUUUAUGUGGAAGCUAAGGACAGAAGCGUGCACCCGUUGUCUUCGCACUGUGUCGUGCGCGUCGAGAUUGCAGACGUCAAUGACAACUCCCCAGACUUGACAAUAAAUUCUAUUUCUAGUACAAUCAGCGAAGAUAGUCCGACUGGAGCUUUGAUAGCGUUGCUGAGUGUCACAGACCGUGAUUCCAAUCAAAAUGGAGAUAUCGACUGUUCCAUUUUUCCGAACAUCCCCUUCGAGUUGAAAUCUUCCUUUUCAAAUUCUUACAGGCUUGUAACUAGUGCGUUACUGGAUAGAGAAAGAGUUGCUCAACAUAUAAUAACGGUGACGUGUAAAGACCACGGUUCCCCUCCGUUAUUCUCCAACAGAACAAUCAUUGUUAAUAUUACGGAUGUAAACGAUAAUGCGCCACAAUUUACGCAGCCUUCGUAUACGGUCUAUGUGACAGAAAACAAUAAACGUGAAAGUUACAUUGGAAGAGUGACGGCAUUGGAUCUUGAUAUUGAUCGAAAUUCACAAAUAUCUUACGCUAUUUUGGAGCAACAGAUUCAGUCAAUGCCGGUAUCUUCUUACCUCUAUAUCCACUCAACCAACGGCAGUAUCUACUCCAAAAUAUCAUUUGAUUAUGAGCAUCUUAAGACUUUUCAGUUUCGCGUUCGAGCUCAGGAUGGCGGACUACCAUCACUUUCCAGCGACGUUACUGUGCAUGUAAUUGUCUUGGACCAGAACGACAAUACGCCUACUAUAAUAUCACCAGGAACAAAAGGCAAUGCCAGUUUGCCUGUCCUCCGAUCUGCAUAUCCAGGAUAUUUGAUAACAAAGAUCAUUGCAUCCGACGCAGAUUCUGGUAAAAAUGGACAACUUUUCUAUAAUCUGCAACAGGCCACCGUCCCGGGUCUUUUUAUAGUUUCACAUAAUUCAGGAGAAAUAAGGAGUGUUCGGCGGUUCAAAGAUAGUGACGCCACUAUACAAAAACUAACUGUUCAGGUGAAGGAUAAUGGGUAUCCAUCUCUUUCCGCCACAACAACCCUAACCGUGACAGUAAUUGAUGAAGGUGCAACGUAUCAGCCGGACAUUAGUGAGCCACGUCAGGAUCUAAAUAAAACACAGCAAUUAAGUUUCUAUAUAGUAAUUAUUUUGGGAGCAACGUCUUUAAUUCUGCUGGUGAUUAUCAUUGUGCUUGUCGUCUUAAUGUGCCCAAUGGGCAGUAGUGCUGCUUCAAUCAACGUCUGCCCUUUGGCACUCUGCUGCCGCACCAGGGAGUUGGAAUACAGGUAUCCAAAUGCAAAUGUCAAACCUCAGCCUGCUCGUGAUUCCCACCUCAUUCCAAAUAUACUUGAGGUUCGCGGCAAUGGAUCCCUUUCAGAAACGUAUCGCUAUAAAAUCCGGUCGGCACCUGAACCAGCUGAAGUAUGUUUCACGCCAUUCGGUCUACAGGUGGCAGGAACCAUUGGAAAGGACGGCAGAUUUACUCUGCAGUACAAUGCAAAGCCGUUGCAUAGCUGUUCAAAUGAGGUGAGUGCUGUGUAUAAAAUGGAACAUGAAAAUUUUACGAAAGCAGUGGGGGUGCCAGACCUGAUAAUGAAAUGCUCCUCUCUCGGGACGUGGGAAAGCAGGAAGACCUCCACUGUCCCUGAAGGCUACACCUGCAAGAACUGCAUCCAGUUGCAGCUUCUUGCAGACCGUGUUAAGGAUUUGGAGCUGAACCUGAAUGAACAUCGGAUCAUUUGGAGUCUCACACACAAAAUGAAGCAAAAUAAUGGCGGUGUGUGUGCGAACGCAGCGAACCAACUGUUCAACCGAUCGUACUUUUUCAACUUAUUUCCCGCAAUAAGGGUAUUGGCUUGGAUUUGCUGGAGGAUGAUGUCAACUAAAAUCAUUUCUCAGAUAUUUACAGUCUAUCACACAGAAGGAAUAGCACAAAGGAACAUGCUCUGCAUGCACGGAAAGUCGGUGAUAUCAUCCAUCUUUCUGCUUUGUGUGUGGAACCUGGUUUCCGGACAGAUUCGCUACUCUAUUCCAGAAGAGCUGGAACUCGGUGCCUUCGUCGGAGAACUCGGAAAAGAUUUGGGUUUGAGUAUAAAAGACCUGCAGAGUCGUAAAUUUAGAAUUGUUUCCUCCGCUUCCAAACAAUAUUUGGAUGUGAAUAGCAUAAAUGGAAUCUUAUUUGUGAGUGCGAGAAUUGACAGAGAACAGUUAUGUGGACAGAGCAAUAACUGUGCAUUGCUCGCGGAAGCCGUGAUUGAAAAUCCUGUGGAACAGUACCGAGUGGAGGUUGAAAUUCUGGAUGUGAACGAUAAUUCCCCGAUUUUUCAGAAAAGUGAAAUACGUUUGAAAAUAUCAGAAUCUGCGAUACCAGGAGCACGUUUUCUGUUAGAGGGCGCGAACGACCUGGAUGGAAGAAAUAAUUCUAUUCGUACGUACCAGCUCACUAAAAAUGACCAUUUUACAUUAGAUGUACAAAGUCUUGGGAAGUGGAAGUUACCCGAAUUAGUGCUACAGAGCAACCUCGAUCGGGAAAAACAAUCAGUAUACAAUUUAUUACUGACUGCUAUUGACGGCGGUGCUCCAGAAAGGUCAGGUACUGCUCGAAUAACAAUUGAUAUCUUGGAUGUUAAUGAUAAUGUACCAGUUUUUGAAAAGUUGAUGUAUAGUGUUAGUCUAAUGGAGAACGUGCUGCUAAAUUAUUUGGUGAUUAAGCUUAACGCGACUGAUUUAGACGAAGGUACAAAUGGCGAAGUCAUUUAUUCUUUCAGCAGUUACAAUGAGCCAAGAAUAACUGAAAUAUUUACGAUUGAACCCAAGUCUGGGGAGAUCCGUACAAAAGAAAUGUUGGAUUUUGAAGAAGCUGAUGUUUAUCAGAUUCAUGUAGAAGCGAGAGACAGAAGUGUGCAGUCAUUAUCUACACAUUGCAGUGUGCGGGUGGAGAUCGCAGACGUCAAUGACAACACUCCUGAGUUAACAAUUAAUUCUGGGGCUGAAACAAUCAGUGAGGAUGUUCCGACGGGAACUUUAAUCGCUUUGAUUGGUGUAACUGACCGAGAUUCCAAUAAAAAUGGAUAUAUCGAUUGUUCUAUUUCACCCACUUUACCCUUUGACCUGGAAUCUUCCUUUACUAAUUCUUACAGACUCGUCACAAACGCAAAACUGGAUAGAGAAACUGCUCCUCAACAUAAAAUAACUGUAACUUGCAAAGAUCGUGGGAUCCCACCGUUAUCGACCAUCCGGACAAUUGUGGUAAAUAUCUCAGAUAUAAAUGAUAAUACGCCACGCUUUACGCAGCCGUCCUACACGGCCUAUGUGGCGGAAAACAAUGAACCUGGCAGUUACAUCGGAUCAGUGACAGCUCUGGAUCUUGACACUGAUCGAAAUUCACAGCUGUUUUACACAAUUCUGGAGAACCAGAUUGAAUCAGUCCCCGUAUCAUCCUAUCUCUACAUUAACUCAAACAAUGGAAGCAUCUAUUCAAUCCGACCAUUUGAUUACGAGCAAUUUAAACGUUUUCAGUUUCACGUUCGAGCUCAGGAUUCCGGCGUACCAUCACUUUCAAGCGACGUUACAGUGAAGGUGAUAGUCUUGGAUCAAAAUGAUAAUCCACCUGUCAUACUAUCAAGUCCAACCGAAGGCAAUACCAGUUUGCGUGUCCCGCGAUCUGCAGAUCCUGGAUAUUUGAUAACAAAGGUCAUUGCUUUUGACGCAGACUCUGGUAAGAAUGGAAAACUUUCUUAUGAAAUUCUACAGUCCAGUGAUCCGGGUCUCUUUGCAGUUUCAUAUAGUUCAGGGGAAGUAAGAAAUGUCAGGCGAUUUAAAGAUAGCGACGCAACGGCUCAGAGACUGGUUGUCCAGGUGAAAGAUAACGGUUAUCCCGCACUCUCUACCACCGCCACCUUUAUGUUGACAAUAGUUGAGGAACAGUCGGAGGGUCUGGUGGACGUCAAUGAAGCGAGUGACGAUUUGGAAGACACGCAGAGAUUGUCCUUUUAUAUAAUAAUUACUUUGGGAGCAACAUCUUUUAUUCUUUUAAUCGUCAUAAUUGUCCUUGUUGUGGCUAUUUGCCCAGUGGGCACCAAUCCUGCUUCUCGACGUGCCUGCACCACUAAGUGUUGCAGCAGAAGAGAUUUGGAAUAUGACAAUUCGACAGUUAACAUGCGUAUUGUGCCGGAUUCCCACUUCCUUCCCAGUAUCCUUGAGAUUCAGGGAAAUGGAUCUCUUUCCGGAACACACUCCUAUAAAAUUCGUUCCACGAAGGAACCAAUGGAAUUACUUUUCACACCAUUCGGUCAGCAAAUGCAUGGAACCAUUGAAAAGUGCUCUAAAUAUGUGCCAGCAGAAAAUACAAAAGCGAGGAACAGUCGGUCGGAUGGGGUUAUAAAGAUGUUCGUCGUCAUCUUUGCCGGUGACAAUGAUGUCAUCCAGAAAACCGGGAGAGUCGAAUAUAACGUCCCCAUGGAAGAAAUGGCACGGAUAUUCGCAGUGUUCUUGUUGAGAGAGAAAGCUGUACCGUCCAUCUUGAUGCUUUGUGCAUGGAAGCUGGUUUCCGGACAGAUUCGUUACUCCAUCCCAGAAGAAUUGAAACACGGCACAGUGGUGGGUGAAAUCGCAAAAGAUUUGGGAUUAUUUCUGGAGGAAUUGUCAACCCGUAAAUUCAGGAUCAUUUCACAGGUACCGUCACAAGUUUUGAAUAUAAACCCUCAGAAUGGAGUUUUGUUUGUGAAUAAAAGGAUAGAUAGGGAGCUGAUCUGCGGCAAGAGUCUUAAAUGUAUAUUGCCUUUGGAACUGGAAACUGAAAAUCCAGUGGAACGUUAUCGGGCAGAGGUCGAAAUUCUGGAUGUAAAUGAUAAUUAUCCCAAUUUCAGUGACACAGAAGUCCGUUUGGAGAUUUCAGAGUUGAUAAUGCCUGGGACACGUUUCAUUUUAAAGGCCGCACAAGACCCUGACAUUGGAACUAAUUCGGUUCAGACGUACCAAAUCACACCAAAUGAGCAUUUUGUUUUAGAUGUGCAGACUCUUGGGAAGUGGAAAAUACCUGAAUUGGUGGUGAAACAGUCACUCGACCGUGAAAAGCAGUCUAUGCACCGUUUAAUCCUCACCGCCAUUGACGGUGCGAUACCUGGGAGGUCGGGCACUUGUCAAAUAAUUAUCACCGUUUCUGACACAAAUGAUAAUGCGCCUACUUUUCACAAGCAUUUGGACUCCGUUAAUUUAAUGGAAGAUGUUCCUUUGGGUACUUUGGUGAUUAAAGUCAAUGCUACGGAUUUGGACGAAGGAUCGAAUAGUGAGAUUGUCUAUUCACUGGACAGCUACAAUGAAGAAAGAAUACUUGAAAUGUUUAGUAUUAACCCAAAAUCUGGAGAGAUCAGAUUAAAGGGAAAAUUAGAUUUUGAAGAAACGAAUAUGCAUGAAAUUCACGUAGAAGCUAAGGACAUGGGGGCACAGUCAUUAUCUGCAUACUGUAUUGUUCGGGUGCAUGUCGAGGAUGUUAAUGAUAAUGCACCGGAAGUGAUUCUAAAAUCAACUUCAAGUACAGUCAGUGAGGGCACGCCUGUUGGAACACAAAUUGCAUUGGUUACUGUUACAGAUCGAGAUUCCAAAAGAAAUGGGUUUACUGACUGUCAGGUCUCACCAGCUGCCCCUUUCGAUUUGAAGCGUUCUCGUGCAAAUUCAUAUGAACUCGUUGUAAGUGAUAAGCUUGACCGUGAAAAGGCUCCCGAAUACGCAUUGGUUGUGGCCUGUAAAGAUGAGGGAACACCUCCACUAUCUACUAAUAGAACAAUGAUCGUUUAUAUUUCGGAUAUAAAUGAUAACGCUCCCAAAUUCUUACAGCCUUCUCAUGCCAUCUACGUGAGUGAAAAUAAUUCACCUGGCAAUUCUAUUGGUUCAGUGACAGCAUUCGAUCCAGAUGCGGAACAAAAUUCUAAGAUUUCUUACAGAAUCCUGGAGGGUAGCGUGCAGGGCGAGCCGGUGUCUUCCUACGUUUCAAUCAGCUCCGACAACGGCAUCAUAUACUCGCAGAGGUCAUUUGACUACGAGCAGCUGAAGAGUUUUAAAAUCCCACUGCAAGCUCGGGAUGCAGGAUCGCCCUCGCUUUACGGUAAUGUUACUGUGAAUGUGAUCAUUCUUGAUCAGAAUGACAACCCUCCUGUGAUAUCACCCAGCUUCACCAAUCACAACAAGACAACCAUGCCUCGAUCUGCUCAACCGGGAUUUCUGGUAACCAGAGUGGUCGCCUCAGAUGCUGAUUCUGGGCAAAAUGCACGGAUUUCCUAUGAACUUUUACACGCUACUGGCCCAAAUCUUUUUACAAUAUCACAUAGUUCAGGAGAAAUAAGAACCAUUCGCCGAUUUACAGACAGAGACGCCACCACACAAAAGUUGAUCAUCACGGUAAAGGACAAUGGGCAUCCAGCUCUCACGGCCACCAGCACGAUUAACAUCUCCGUAACUGAACAAGCCGAGCAACUUAGGUCAGAGUUCGGUGAUAAUACUGGCGAUUUACAAGAUAGUUCUGACUUGGCAUUAUACAUAAUAAUUUCUCUGGGAGCGGUAACAUUCUUACUUCUUGUUAUUAUCAUAGCCUUAAUUAUUGCUAUCUGCCCAGUAGACAAACAUCCACAUCGCACUUCAAGUUGUUAUACUGCAAAUUGUUGUUGUACAAGUGAACUGGAUUCCAAAGUCGGUGCGCACAAAUCGCACGUCAAUUUGCAGUUUUUGCCAGACACCAAAUUAAUUACCAACGUUGAAAUUCGGGGAAAUGGAUCUCUUUCAGAUACGUAUCGUCACAAAGUUCGAUCGGCACCAGAGGCAGGAACAAUGGAAGUAAUAUAUUUUUCUCCAGCUAGCCCAACAUCUUGUAGAUCUCUAGGUAGGAAUGUUGGAGCCUAUACAUCAAAGGCAAAUACGGGCCUGCAGAACAACUGGACCUGCACAGGUGAAGUGGGGCAACUGAAUACAGACUGGCAUUCCUCAGAGCCUCACAUAGUUGGAAAGAUCAGUUCCCAGUGCUUGGAAGAAAAUCUAACCCAUGAUGAAAUUAAACGAGAAUUCAACAGACGGCACACAGCAAUCACAUCAGGAGCAGAUGUGGAUUACAUUAAAGCAUCUCCAGAUCUUGAAGACGGUAUACCAAGUUGGGCUCCCAGGUAUGCAUCACAGAAUGCUGACACCAUGGAACGUGAUGAGUAUCAAUCUAACAUCUACUUGGGCGGUAGCCCGGUCAUGCUCUCCAGAAUGCAGGACAAAGAUGUCAAGCAGGACCGGCAACAUUCCGCCUCUUCAACGAAGAAGAAGAAGAAGCGCACUAAACGCUCAGAAAAACGGGGAAGUAAAAGUACCACUGAGGAGCCUCAAAACGAGUAAUGCCUCUUGUCACAUUAAUCUGAGUACUCUCAGUAUCCAAGUCAGAUCAGCGGGGUAGACACAAGGGUUCUGUAAAUUAAAUCUAAAGUCACAUUUGGAAGAGAUAUUGUUGUGUGUACUCAAAUGCUAACUUGUUGUCUUGGAUGUUUUAUAAUAAUUUUAGUUCAAUGCUUUUAUUUAGCUUGGCUUUAUUUCUUCUGUCAGGCAACAUUCACUUCUUGUAUGUUCGACUGUAAAUGCACGGAAAGUCAAUCACAAAAACAAGUUACAAAUGAUCUAUAAAAAGUAGCAUUUUGCUAAUAUGUGAAACUAAGACAAUGCCCAUAAUGAAAAUGUAUUUUCAGUUUACAUGCCCUUGGUGUCAUAACUUAGGGUCUGACUGCAGAACAGAUUAACCAUAUUAAGAUGAUAAAUUAUACAUGUCAUUAAUGAAUAUUGAUCAUUGAUCACCUGGAGAUGCAAUCCAAAUUGACUCGAACUGGGUGAAAACAAAUAUGCACAAAAUCUAUAAUCUGUAUUAAGCAGUGAUUAUUUCCAGUGCCAACAUAAGCAGUUUUAUUCCACGGGAGUUUGAAUGUAGCAAUUCUUGAAUUAAUGCAUGUCAUGCCAAACUAAUGGCUGCAGUUUCUUCAUGUCCCAACAAAUUGGGAAUUAAUAUUGAAGAACAGCAUGUACACACCAUUAUUUUUAUGGUACAUAAACAGCUGACGAUGGGAUACAUUUUUCUCUGUGUUCAAAGUUGAAGAAAAUAAUGUAACUAAACAGAUUUUACAUCAUGUGGAAAGAUUAGUGAAAGAAUUUUCUUUAAAUUUGUAAGCAGAGCGAAGUACAUCACUGUGUAUCUAACAAAAUGUGGAUGAAACGAUAAGCUGGCUUCAGCUACUCAUCUGGGCCAAGUCAGAUUGUUACUGCUUAAUAUUUAUCUGAAUCAUAAUGUGCAUUUGUGAGAUCAGUAAUAACAGAAAUACGUAAUUUUCUCCGUUCACCUGCGGCAACUAUGCAUUUUUGUUAAAUUUGUACCAAAGGUGGCUUUCCUUCUCAAUGACAUCUAAUGUAAUCUUUUAUGCUUAGUCUAUUUUCAGAUGUAUUCUGUUUUUUGCAUGUUUAAGUAAACGUGACCAGGACAAUCUUUACUAUGGAUGUGGUUAUUAAUGUCUAAACUUUUUAUUACUUACUGUACAGCUUCCUUCACACAGAUAAUCUCUCUUUAUUCGUUGCUUGAUGAGUAAACAUUUUCUCUUUUAACUACUGUUAACAAUUAUGUGAAAUUGAAUGCAUUAGCUCAGUUGCAGUUGGUAGUUUUCAUCAAUACCAGACGGUCAUUGAAUAAAAAAAAGCUUAAAAUACUGGAAACACUCAGCUGUUCAAGCAACAUCUGUGGACAGAGUAACAAAGAUACUGUUUCAAAUGAAAUACUUUUCAUUAGAACUUGGAAAGGGGAAACACAAGUUAGUUUUAAAUUGCAGAGUGUUGCAGAGGGAUGGAUAGAACAAAAGGAAUAUAUAUCUCUGAUAGGGUGAGUCAAGAUUGACUGGGAUGCAUUGAUAAAGUAGCCUAUUUGAUUGAUAGUGCCUGACCUCAUCCUAUCAGAAAUAUUCCCUCUCUACUAUCUAUUCCUGACCUUCUCUGCAAUCAAACUGUUUUGUCUUUUCCACCUUGUUGCAUUUUUCUUUUCCCAUAUGCUACGUGAUCUGCCGAGUUCUUCAUAUACUUUCGAUUUUGAUUUCAUUCUUAUGAAAUCUCCAGUUUCUUAUUUUUGUUCUUGAUUUUAAACCACUGAAAAAAAUUUGGCUCUGAGCCAAAGGUGGAAAUAUCAGAAUGAAUUAAUUAAAGGUGGAUUUUAAAGUGACAACGAAUAAAGAAGCAGAGAAUAUUAGAGUGGGACCCACAGAUCUCUGGGCUUUUGAAAGCAUACUAGCCAAUGACGAACUGUUGGGAGUGAUAGAUGCAAAUAUCAAGCAGAACUCUAGUGUGUUUUGAGCAAAGGAAGGUUCUAAAGGAAGAGGCUUUUAAUGCAAAGUUUAAAUAUUGAAAUUGGGAUAUAAAUGAAUUGAUAUGCAACGGUCCACAUUUUCUAUAAUGGCAGUUAAACAUCUUUAGGUUAGACAUGACAUGAAAGCUUUAGGUGUGCUCAAUAACCACCAGUAUUCAGGUUUAAUAUGGUGUUUCCUUCUGAACACUUGGAUUGUUUCCAAAAAUAAGUAAACAACAUGCAUAAAACAAAACGUGCCAAAAUUUUUGUAGUUGCAUCUUCAAAUUGCAUGCAAGCCUAAUUGCACUCAGAUACAUAAUGUAACUUUUGCACACAUUUUGAUCACAUAAUCUCUUCUUGUUUCCAUGUGCAAGUCCAUUCAAAGUACAAAGUUUAAAGUAAAAUUUAUAAUCCAAGUACAUACAGUGAAUGUCACCAUUUGUCAGCCUGAGAUUCAUUUCUUUGCAAUCAACAGUAGAUGCAAAGAAACAUAAUAUAAUCAAUGAAAACUAUACACAAUGACAAACAAUGUGCAAAAGACAACAGAUUGUGCAAAUCUAAAUAGAAAAACAAAAUAAUGAUAAUUAAUAUUGAGAGCAUCGAGUCCUUAACUGGGAAAUUGUAUGAGUUCCCAAGCAACUCUAUGAAUUGACUGAAAGCAACUUCUCACUAGAGAACUGAUAUAUAUUUCUCUUAUCAAGGCAGUUUGUUUUCAUACAUUUAUUCCCGGAUAAAUCGCUGCCUAAAAGCAUUCAGAGUCUGAAAUUACCACUGCUCUGUGUGAAUCCUAUUACCAGUGCAAAAUAAUUAUGACUAAUGUGACAUGCCUGCAUCAAUGAAUUUAGUAAUGACGGUGAUCUUGAUAUUUCAUUUAAACUCACUGGUGGCACCCAACACAGAAUUUCUAGAAUAAGAAAUUAAACAAUCCUUGUACACUCAUAGUUUUGCUGUGAGCUUUAUCAGGAAGUAGUGAACAGCUUCAAUUCACAAAAAUAUUUAAUCAUAAUUGAACAUUCCAAGAUAAUUUACAGGAGAGUAAUUUAAAAAAAUCGUUGUCACCGAACUGAAAUGCAUAUGAUAGCCGGGAGCCAAAAGAUUGGUGAAAGGAAAAGGCAGGCAGGCAAGGGGAGUGUUUGUUCCCCAAACCUGAUGCUUCCAAGUUUAAAGUUAAGGCCCUGGAGUAAUGAUAUUCAAUACUCUCUUCUUGUUGCCAUCAAGAAGAAGCUGCAGGAGCCUCAGGAUCCACACCACCAGGUUCAGGAAUGAUUAUUGUCCCAUCAGUGAACAUUUCCUACAAACUAUGGACUCUCAUGUUUUUGCUACUUAUUAUUUAUUAAUAUUGUUGUUAUUAUAAUUUCUUUUUUUCCUUUCUUUUUGUAUUUACACAGUUCGUUCUCUUCUGUGCACUCACUGUCUGGCCUGCUGGCCGGUCUUUUGCUAAUUCUAUUAUGGUUAUUGGAUUUAUGGAGUAUGCCCACAAGUAAAGAAUCUCUGGAUUGUAUAUGCUGACAUAUGUACUUUGAUUAUAAAAUUACUUCAAACUUUCAAUAAAGAAUUGUAGAAAAACACAGAUAUGCAGGUUACCAGAACUGAAAGAACAGAAAUCAAUGGCAGUGCUUUGGCACAGCUGAACAACACAAAGACCCAGAUUCAUUUCUGGCAUCCCUGUGACUUCACGGAUUUCUUCUGUAUACUCCAGUUGUCUCACUCAUUGGAAAAAAUGUGCAGGUUGUUAGGUUGCUCCACCUUUAUAAACAAUCCCAGUGCAUAUGUAGAUGAGUGGAGAAUUGAUGGGAAUACAGAGAGAAUAAAAAUGGGAUUAAAAUUGGAUUGAUAUAAAUCACAAACAAGAGAAGAUCAGAAGAUGCUGGAAAUUCAAGCAACACACACAAAAUGCUGGAGGAGCCCGGCAGGCCAGGCAACAUCUAUGGAAAAAAUACAGUCGACAUUUUGGGCUGAGACCCUUUUGUUGGUUGUUUCUGAGGCCUGCUUCUGUGUAAUAUCUCUCUAUGACUCAGUCACUCAUUUGGUGAAGGAGCUGGCUUCAGGCCAGUAGAGGAUGAAGGAGUAAGGAUGUGGAGGGACUUUCCAACAACUAAGAAUUUUAAAUUAUUAUUGCAGUGCCAAGAUCAGUGAGUACAAGUUUAAUCAAUGAAUGAGGAAAUGUAAUUAGUUAGGAUAGAAAUUCCCAAGAUUGGAAUUAGCUGCAAGUUUAUAAUGGGUGAGAACUGGGCAGUUAUACUAAAAUUAUCAAAGUGACCAGUGUACAAGAAUGUGGAUGAAAUCUUCAGAUGACCUUGCUUCUUAGGAUAGAAUUAUGGAAUUACAGUAUUGUGACUUAGACGACAGCUUCCAAAGCAAGAACACACAAAAAAGGGGUUUUAUAUUUGUAUUCAAAGCAAGUCAAUUUAAGGAAAGGGCUAGUUGUAAUUUGUAGCUGUGUAUUUAGGAGGGGAUAAAAUCUUUUUCUAUAGUUCCUUUAGGAGUGCCUUCUGACAUUUGACAACUAAUCAAUAGGUAAUGAUGCUCAUGAAAUAAGAGAAAACUCAAUGACACCAACUUCAAAUCAGUGAACUAAAUUUUUUGUCAAUUAUUACACUAAAUAGGCAUGUUGUGUUUCUUUAAAACCCUUUCUUCUUUCACAAAUUGCUGAUGCUACUUGGAUCAUAAUGUAACAAGUCAUAAAUCCAUGUGAAACCAUCAAGUUUCUUGGAUCAUUCCUUUGUUUAUGUUUCCUUUUCAAUGUGGACAACAUCCAAUUUCAACACUCAUUUUCAGUAAUGUGGCAAACUUGUCAAAAGUUUAAUAUGAUAUUCACCACAAUAAUAUUUGUAUAGCCUUUAGGGCAUAUACAGUGGAUUUUAUCAUCAGUUCAUUAUCACAUUUCUAGAAAUUAUAAUUUGAAAUAGCACUUUUAGCAGCUGAUAUCAUUUGGUGUAAGUCUGUUCAGAAAAGGAGAGAAACAAUGCAAAUUUAUUUGUUAUACAAGGAUUGUUGAUUUGUGUUUGGAUGCUGGCUAAUUUUAUGUGCUAUGUCAAAGAAGAAUACUUGAUAAUGACAAUGUGAAGUCAAUUUCUGAACAUUAAAUCACUAUGUAUGAUAAUACCUAUUCAUUUCAAAUUCCCUGCUCUGAUAUUUUGGAAAUGUUUUAAAAUAAAUUGCUCUUGAGUCACCAAUAAAAUAGUACAAGACUGAAUUCUAGCAACAGAAUUUUGUUUAACUAUUAUCCCUGAUUGACAUUUAUAGGAAUUUUAACUGGUUUAGAAAUGACAACACCACAUACAGUUUCAAUUUAAGAACAACCAAGGAAGUGGGAACAGCACAAACUAGAUAUCAACAAUCUCAGUUGACUGACAGUCAAGAAGACAACAGCUAUCAUAAUAGAGCUGACUUUGAUAUACUCAUCUAAUAAAUAAAGACAGGUUCAGAGUUGAUUGGUUGCCACCGUUUUGAAC